CGUCAACCUGCCAGGAUGAGCUGACUAAAGUCUAUGGAAUGCCCUGAAGCUUCACAGCCGGGGAGUAUUUAAGCCACUCUUUGCUUGUAUGGAAGUUGUUACUACAGCUCUCCCCAAACCCCAUCGUCCACGAUUACUUCCGAUCUCUCUGCUCAGUCUUCAACCCCAACCAUUACAAACAUGGCUACCAUCUCCGAAAUCGCAGCUCGAAUGAAUGAAGCAAAUGCGAGAACCUUCAGCGGGAGACAGCUGGACAAAGCUGCCAACGAACGUAUCAAGAUUUUGAAGGAGGAGGGCAACAUUGGAAACGCUGCUGAGGAAGGCGAAAUCGACAUCACCGAAGGUAACGUCGGGCCCGAGGGCGACGAGUUCCCCGGUACCGUCCACUUGGAUGCCGAGGGCAGAACGUUCGGUAUGACCGAGACAGAAGCAGAAGCCCUUUCAAAGUUCCACAAGUGCUUGAACGGCGUCGACAAAGCAUUCGAGGAGAUGAAGCUCUCCCGCCCGACCUCGCAGGCAUGGUGGGGACAAAUGCGCGACAAGUUACAGGAGGGCAAGUUUCUCGAAGUCAGGGAGGAGAUCUAUCAGGAGAUGAAAAACUACCAGAAGCACACAGUCGCAGGCGAGGUCGACUAUGUGCUCUCGCUGCAGCAAGUCUACGACCGAAUCUAGAUCGUGCGUGCCGUGCCGCUCGCGUCGGUUAGCUGCAUGCUUCGACCCAGUUUUCUCAGCUGCCAAUAGAUAUGAAUAAAUCUAGAUCUAGACUCUCAGCCUAGCCACACUAUGCGGACAGACCGGAUGUAAUAGUGUUAUUGAGUACUUCAGCUUAGCCAUGUCAACCAAGUUCCAACCAAUAUAGUCCCACAAGUAUUGCAAUAUAGACACGGGUCUGACUCCGUC